AGGAGUUCGGUGAGCGAGCUGACAUUGACAUGAGCGGAGUGCACAGACUUUGCGUCCGGUUUGGACGGAUAGCCCGGGUAUGGGGGGCCCCGGUACAGGUGCGGUCGGUCACACAACGGAGACUUUUCCACAGCGACCCCCGGCGUCUGGCCUACGCCAAACAACUGUUCCUGGGGGAGAUCAGCAAGGAAGAAGUGUUUCCAUACCCAGAGAUCAGCAAAGAUGAGUUGGAAGAAAUUAACCAGCUUGUAGGCCCAGUAGAGAAGUUCUUCAGUGAAGAAGUGGAUUCUAAAGCAAUUGAUCACAAUGCUAAAAUUCCACCGGAGACUUUGAAAGGGCUGAAGGACCUUGGCCUGUUUGGCAUGCAGAUUCCUGAAGAAUAUGGAGGACUUGGGUUAUCCAACACUAUGUAUGCUCGAUUGGGAGAGAUCACCUCAUUGGACGGUGCAAUCGCAGUGACUCUGGCUGCUCACCAGGCUAUAGGACUAAAGGGACUAUUGAUUGCUGGUAAUGAUGAGCAGAAAGCAAAAUACCUGCCUAAGCUGGCAUCCGGAGAACACAUUGCAGCUUUUUGCCUUACAGAGCCCGGAAGUGGAAGUGAUGCUGCUUCAAUCAAAUCUAAAGCCACUUUGAGUGCUGAUGGAAAGCACUAUAUUCUGAACGGUUCAAAGAUCUGGAUAUCCAAUGGAGGACUGGCGGAUAUAUUUACAGUUUUUGCAAGGACAGAUGUUGUUGAUAAAGAUGGCGUCACAAAGGACAAGAUAACCGCCUUCAUAGUGGAUCGGGCUUUUGGUGGUGUUACUCAUGGGAAACCAGAGGAUAAGCUGGGUAUCCGAGGAUCAAACACCUGUGAACUUUACUUUGAAAACACCAAGAUCCCCAUCGAAAACGUCAUUGGAGAGGUUGGCGGAGGCUUUAAGGUUGCCAUGAACAUUCUAAACAGUGGGAGAUUCAGCAUGGGUAGCGCUUCUGCUGGGUUGAUAAAGAAAUUAAUUGAGAUGACAGCAGAGUAUGCAUGCACAAGGAAACAGUUCAACAAGAAGCUGAGCGACUUUGAAUUAAUUCAGGAGAAAUUUGCUCUCAUGGCUCAGAAUGCCUACGUUAUGGAAAGCAUGGCUUACCUCACUUCUGGCAUGAUGGACCGGCCAGGGUUACCAGAUUGCUCUGUUGAAGCUGCUAUGGUUAAGGUGUUCAGCUCUGAAGGGGCCUGGCAAUGUGUCAGCGAAGCCUUGCAGAUCCUCGGAGGAUUGGGUUAUAUGAAAGAUUAUCCAUACGAGCGUUAUCUUCGAGACAGUCGUAUUCUUCUUAUCUUUGAGGGAACAAAUGAAAUUCUGCGGAUGUACAUUGCCCUUACAGGGAUGCAACAUGCAGGGAAAAUAUUGACCGGUAAAAUAAAGGAACUGAAGAAAGGUGGUGUUGGUAUUGCUUUAGGGAUAAUCAACAAGAAGUUACGGGACAGCAUCGGAAUGAAUGUAAAUUUGGGCUUAACAGGAAAAGACGGAGUUGUUCACCCAAGUCUGCAAGACAGUGCAAAGAACCUGGAGGAGAACGUACACAACUUUGGCAAUACUGUGGAAAGUUUGUUGUACAGGUUUGGCAAGACAAUUGUGGAUGAGCAGCUUGUACUAAAGAGAGUGGCAGAUAUUCUUAUUAAUCUGUACGCCAUGACAGCUGUGAUAUCUAGAGCAAGUCGCUCCAUCAGCAUCGGCCUGCGCAAUCAUGAUCAUGAGGUGCUGAUUACAAACCUGUUCUGCACAGAGGCAUGCUUCAAGAACAACUACAUGAUGGCCCAGCUGGGAAAAAACUUUCCUGAAAACCAGGAUGACAGCAUUCGCAAGAUCGCAAAGCAUGUCCUGGAGAACCGCGCUUACACGUGUUCACACCCCCUGGAAAGAACAUUCUGAAAUCCAAGCCGCAACUAGAAUCCGGUUCUAAAAUGUGAUUGUACCCAUAACUUUACUAUGGUUGUUAAUACGUUCAGCUACAUUU